UUCAUUCUGGCAGAUGAUCUCGGUUGGAACGACGUGUCAUGGCACAACGACCAGGUGGUUUCACCCAACAUGCAGCAGCUGGUGGACACGGGCGUCCAGCUGGAGCAGAGUUACGUGCAGCCUCUGUGCACGCCGUCCCGCUCCGCCUUCCUGACGGGGCUCUACCCCUACCGCCUCGGCCGCCAGGGGCCACCACUGGCCGACCUGACACCCACUGGCCUCUCGCUCAAGCACACCCUCCUGCCGGAGCGCCUCUCGCGCCUCGGCUACGCCACGCACAUGAUCGGGAAGUGGCACCUCGGCUUCUGCAACUGGGCCUACACGCCGACUGAACGGGGCUUCGACACCCAGUACGGCUAUCUGCUUGGCUCCGAAUUCCACUUCAAUCACUCUGUUGGCAACGGCUAUGACUUCCGCGACCAGAGGGAACCUGACUUCACGGCGAACGGGACAUAUGGCACGCACCUGUUCGCCGACCGCGCCGUCAGGAUCAUCGAGGAACACCAAGGCAGCGACCAGCCCUUCUUCCUCUACUUGGCUCUCCAGAACGUCCACUCCCCUUUUGAGGUUCCCGACGAGUACCUGGUGCACUACCCGGAGGUCCUCGACGAAAACCGGCGACUGCUGCUGGGGAUGGUGACGGCGCUGGACGAGGCGGUGGGGCGGGUGGUGCAGGCUCUCAAGGACACGGGGCUCUACGACAACUCGGUCAUCGUCUUCUCCUCGGAUAACGGCGGCGUCGGCAUGAAUGGAGAAAGCAACCGGCCUCUACGAGGCGGCAAGGGCUCGGUGUGGGAGGGCGGCACUCGCGCCGCAGGAUUCGUCCACAGUCCCCUCCUGCAAGGGACGCCGCGGGUGCACUCCGGGAUCAUGCACAUUACCGACUGGUACAACACGUUCCUGGCCCUCGCAGGGGAGUCCGUCCUGCCUGACAACGACGGCUUCAACCAGUGGGAGUCCCUCGUGGAUCCUUCAGUCGCGUCGCCCCGGACCACAUUCAUCUACAACCUCGAUUAUGAAGGUGAAGAAGGCAUGUUCGGCGCCAUUAGAUUGAGAGAAUAUAAAUUUGUGAUAAGCAAAGGAAGAGAUUUAGCUCCCGGCAAAGAAACCUUUCCCUGGCUGUUUAACCUGAAAGAGGAUCCGAAUGAAACCACAAACCUGGUCGAAGUCGAACCUGGGUUGGCAAUGGCGAUGGAGAUACUGAUGCUGGAGGAGCUUCCCAACGUGGUUCCCAAAGACCAUCCGGACGGCGACCCGGCGGGCGACCCGUCCAACUGGGGCGGCGUCUGGACCCCAGGCUGGUGCGACGUCCCCUGAAGGAGGCGGGGCGUAUCGGCUGUGCGGGUGUAGGAUGAAGGCGAAAACGAUCGCUCAUGGCCUGUGCUUGCUCGGAUCAGAUUUCUUUUGAUGAACUAAGAAUUUGGUGUUUGAUGAGUGUUCUCGGAAGAAAUUUAAAUAAAUCAUUGAUGUCCUCA